AUGCCAGCUCCCAGCAGCCAGUAUGAUCUCAAGCCCAACCACGUGACAUUGGAAGGCACUACAAAGCUCCUGCAACAGGGAAAGCAUUCUGCUGCCGCGGAUAACAUCGCCAGAAUCAAAGCUCGUUUCGAUGAGAAGGCAGCAGCUCUGGCACGCUACCACGACAAGAGCCUACAGAUCAUCCGCGAUGAGAACAAGGCUCUGAGCAAUGAGAACAAAGGCCUCCGCCAUGCAUUAGCGCAGACCACAAGCACACUCGAGAAUAAGGAAGAAGUGCUGUCCAGACUUAUGGGUGGAAGUGCUCCCUCGCCUGCAGAUCCUUGCGAGUUGUGUGGACGGCUUGGGAACCGCUAUGCAGAAGAUCUAGGGGAGCGAAUGUUUGAACAGGAGCCCAACGAUGGGAGUCGAGAGCAAAGUAGCCUGGCGAUGGUACAACGUCCACGAAGUGUAGCAGCUGCACAACGCACGGAGAUUGACAAACCAAUGUUGGGUUUCACACGGUACAACGGCAAGGAUUGGGAUGACGCGCGGGGUUGCUACGUUCUCGGUACGAAAGACGCUCCUCACCAUGCUCAAAUUACACACUACCGCAAGAAAGCCCAGGAGCGUAUGAUCGUCGACAGACCUGAGCCAGGGGAUGAAGACUACCUGGCUCAACCUGUCGAGCGAGAAUCCAUCUACCAAACUGGUGACGGCAGAAACAUCAUCACAGGAGACCUUAGGGACAACAGAAAGGGCAACAAAUUCCCCACCGACCUUGCUGAGACUCCAGCCACAGCUAGCGCUUGGUCUGAAGGACGGGAAGAAUGA